CGCUCCGAGAGUCUCUUUGCGAGUCCUCCGACACGCAUGGCUCAGGUAGCCAGAUCCAUACCGACGUCCUCGAAUCUGGUACGUCGAGCAUCCAUAUCGCAGUCCAGCGAAGGAGCGAUCAUCGGCAUCGUAGUCGGUGUAACGGCCUUCUUCCUCCUGCUACUAGCCAUGGUGCAAUAUCGAGAACUCAAAGCCUUCUUCGAGCGCAUUGUGAUGCGAAUUCGUCGAUGCGGCCUCGACACUCCAGCUAAGGAUCGGGUAUGGGACGUACUCUCCACGCAGGAGACAGGCGCCAUGACAAGCACUGCGGGGAGCACCGCAGACUCCUUCAUGACGCGCGAAUCACGCAUGAGAGAUAUGAGCAGUUACCUCGUCAGCACCAGGGAAGCUCUUCCCCCUCUGCAGCCUAAUCGCCGCCCACCGAGCAUGUUCGACCCUGCCCUCGUCGUCAGCCCACCCCAGCCCCCACCACCGCUUCCGCGGCUGGAACCGCUCCGCCGCAAGCCGUCCACUACUCUCGCCGCGCUCACCGUGCCCUCGCGUGAGUCCUCGCCACCCCCGCCGAUUCCUCCCAAAGAGCCCGAGCUCGAGAAUCGCAUCGCCACGACGCUCCCCACAUUGGCGGCACCCAAACCUGUGCUCGGAGCUGAUCUCCGCCCAAGCUCCGCAUACACGUCCGCGUCGACCGCGCUCUCAGACAUGACCCUGCUCAAGCCAAGCACGCGCCCCAGGGGAGAGGGCGAGCCGGAGAACGAUGCACGCCUGAGCAGGGUGCUGACAGUCGCGAAUCCCGACAAGGGCUUCCUCCCACCCAUCCCGCCCGUGCCCCCGAUCCCGCCCAUAUACAUCCAGCCCAAGCAGGAGCCCUCGCCGACGUUGACGACGUCCCCACGCCCGCUUCCUCCAAAACCGUCCCUCCCGAGCUCUCCCCUCGCACACUCUCCACUCAGCGAGGCCCGGACGCGAAUGGACAGCCUGAGCCCUACCACGCCUAGCAGCACCUCCUACUACGCCCCCUCCCCCCUCCGCCGCAGCAACUCGACAGGCUCCACGCGCACGCCCCCAAUGCGCAAGCCCGUCCCCCCACUGAUCAUCCCCGGGCGGGCCGACUUCUCGUCGUUCGACGCGGCGUCGAGCGUGUGGGGCGCUGGCUCGCGCAAGAAUUCGCUCGCGAGCACGGCGUGGGACGACGCGCCCGCGGCGUUCUCGCGCUACGGCUCGCCCGUGCCGUCGUCGAGCGCGUCGCAGAUGUAUCGCGCGCGGGACAGCGGGCUGAGCGAGUGGACGUGGACGCGGCCGCUGGAGGAGUGGGAGAAGGAGCAGAUGAACAUCCGACGCAAGACGAGCGCGGGGGAGUUGACGCCGCCGCUGGGGCAGAGGGGCGCGAGGAAGGAGGGGUCGGGGGACAGUUGGGGGAGAUUGGGGCAUAAGACGAGUGCGAGCAUGGGGGAGAUGAGGGUUGCUAGAGGUAUCGUGCCCGACGUUCCACCUGUGCCGAGACAGUAUCUUCCUUAGUAGUGGGGACUCGUUUUGGGGGAGGAAGGCGACACUCAUUCGCUCCGUUUGUUGAAUAGGAUUUUCUUGGGAAUACUUCUCGUACCUUCGCUUUCGUUC